UUAUUCUUUAACUAGUUUUUUUUCUAAAUUAUAUAUAUUAUACAAUUUUUAUCAAUUAUUCAAAAGUUUUAAAUAAUUGACUUAUGAUGAUUUUGUAAUGAAUAAUAUAAUCAUUUAAUAUAUAUAUAUAUUUAAAUUUAUAUUUAUAAUAAUGUAUUACAUUUUUAUGGUGUAUAAUAAAUAAAUUGAAUACUAUGCAAAAAUCAACCCAUCUUAUCUAACCAUCACUGUAUCAAACUAUAAACUUAUUAUACUCGUAUAUUAUACUGAAAAUGUAUAAAAAUUUAAAAACAUAAUGUUCUAAAUAAACUUCAAUUUUCUACAUUACAUAAAGUUUAGUCUGUAGGUAUAAUAUAUAAGUUGUAUAUAUAUAUAUAUAUUAUUCUUAUGGUGUAUAGGUAUUUAUUACGGUACCUAAUACAUGUAACGGUCGGGCUGCAGAUUCUUCUUUGCGCGGGCUCACACCAGACGUGGUCAUACUGUCUACCGCCGCGCCGUAGCGUAGGCACACUUGCGCCGGCGAAUCUGCGAAAUCCAAUCGAGCCGAUGACCGCGCGCGCGAACUCAACUGAUCGCAGUGCAUCGUAGCUCGCCGUUCGACUGUGUUGUCCCGGAUGUCAAUAAACCAUUUAUUGUGAUAACGUUUCAUGUGAAGUGCUUUCGGUUUACUUACACUUGUACGACAUUUUUCAUUCGUUAUUUUUUUCUCCAAUUAUAUUUUGAUUUAGGUGUAAUCGAAAUUAAGGACUUAAGUGCACGCAAAUGGUAUCGUCUCUUCUCCGUUAUGAAGGAACACCGAACCAAAGGACUUAGGGUCACAACUACUGAAAGCAUAAUUAGUGACAAAAAUGACACUAUGACCGAGGGUGCAGAAGGUCGCAGUGACGACCCGCUGGCUUCAUUGCAGUUAGACGUCGCUUCCGGGGGCCCAUCGUCGGAAAGCCAACAGCCUGAGAGCCAAGCGGAAGUGUCCACGUUAUGUAUAUCGUCGGCAGACAAUGAUAUUGACAAAAUAAUCGCCGGAGAAUGGCAUGGAGGAGAAUGCAAAACAGGUUGCUGCAGCAGGUGUGCGUUCAGAGAAUGGAGGCUGGUCGGUGAUAAGUUGCAGUUAUUUUGUUUCAAAGAUUAUGAUGCGUUGAUAGCAACUCGACCAGCGAUAGCGAACAUACAGUUUUGCUUUCGGUUCAAGUCUAGCCCAAAAUGUUUGAAGCAUCCAAACGUGCCAAACGCCAACUGUUUCAUAUUUUUUGACAUCGUCUCGGGUGAUAUCCAUAAAAAUUGGAUGCAAGUGGUACGCCGGUUGAAAGAGGCAUCGGCUAACGCAACUGUUGCACAGUUACGCCGGUGGUCGCAAGCUGUGGACGAAAAUGGUAACACCGCGUUAAUAUUGGGAGCUAAACGCUUAAUGAACUGUGGAUUGUUUAAACGAGCGUACCAGUUUGCAGUCAUGAUGUUGAAAUUUGGUAGUGAUGUUAACUGGCUGAAUAACGGCGGUCGAUCGUUGAUCACAUACACUGUACACUACAUGGAUCAGGCGAUAGACAUUACUAGACUCUUAUUGAAUUGCGGAGCGACAGUCUGGCUAGAAGAUUGCAAUUCGGAAGCUAGACUUCAUUAUGUGAAAUUACUGAAGGAAUAUCGCACAAAAACGGAGACAGAUCUUCAAAGAUGUCUGACCGAUGCCCCGAUUGAAAGCCCGUUGGACAGCAUAUUCACUUGGUUCCUACGAUCCGUCAUGAUCAGAAGGCGCAUGGAUGACAGUUGCCUGCGCACAUUGUCACUACUCUCACAGUCAAUGGGCGAGGACCCGACCAGGAUGCACUCGCACGUCAUGCGGACCAUGUUCAGUCACGCUCAGUGUUACAAUAUAUUCGGACCGGUGUUCUUCCAGAUCAAAAAGGCCCUGUCACCCCAGUGGGUGCAACCGCACUCGCUUCAGCAGCUAUGCCGCAAGUCCAUACGACGAUCGUUGUUUCGCGGACGCCACGGUAACGCGCACCCCGACACGGUGGCCGAGCUAAACCUGCCUAAGCCCCUGGAGUCUUACGUCUCCUACCACGACUGAACCACUGCCCAUCAUCAUCUCGCCUGCGACCCCCAACCCACAUCGUCAGAGGUUAUCCACGGGUGUACGUCUUCCACGUCGCACAUUACAAAAACAAUCAUAUCCCCGCUCCAAAUAUUAAAAAUGAACUCAAGCAUAAUAUACUGAGUUUUUGAAAUGUUAUUUUAUUGGAAUUGUAGUUUGGUUACAACGCGAUUCAAAACUUAUUACAAAUUCUGUUUUUAAAAAGUUGUACAACAAUUCCAACUAGAAACUAAUUUUGAUACAGCACCCUAUGCGAAUCAGUCCGUCGCAGAGAACCAAUAUUUAUCGGAACCUAUUCGAAGCUAUAUGGUAAUUUACGACAAUGUAUAAAAAUAUAAAUAAUGACAUUUUUUUAAAACCUCAUAUUCCAUCCCCGCUCACCUUUAAAUUCUUCUCUCCGUUUAGCCUACGAUGUACCAAUUAUAACUGAGUCCUUAUGUAUAACCUAUAUACACAUGCGUAUAUCACAUACUACAUUAAUUGCCGAAGCUUUUAACUCGAAAGGUAUACUAAAGUUAUGAUGUCAUCAGACGUUUCCGAUGUGUUUAUAUCUACCAGAUAAUUUCGUUUGACCAAUAUUUAAUACCUAGCUAAGUCGAUAAGUCCGCGUGUAGCACCUGUUAUUUAUCUUAUUAUAUAUAUACAACUUUUCAACAAAUUUAUAUCAUUUUCGACUUAUUCUAUUUUUACUUAUUUAUAUUUAUACAUAUAUUGUUUUUAUUGCCUAAAUCUAUAGCUUUAAUAAUUUAGUUAUUGCCUUGUCUUAUGUAAUUUUAUCGAUCGAAUGUCUGUAAAAUAAUUUUGUGUCACAUAAUCAUGUCUUAUAAAAUUUAAAAGCUAAAUAAGUAGAUAAUAAGUUACUAUAACCCACUCAAUGAAAAUCGAUAGAACAUUGAUCGUUUACUAUACAAGUAUAUUAUGAAAGAGAGCAGUGUAGUUUGAUAUUACACGCGAUCGGGUUGCGAAAAAACGUUAUUCUUGCCACGUAAUAACAAUAUAUAUAGGUACAUAUAAUUUCGUGUUAUUAACCUAUGUAUGAGUGUAUAUAUAUAUUAUUAUUAAUUUCGCCUACUAAUGUCACAAACAUGUUUAUUGUAUUUACACGAUUUUAUUAAUAUACUCUAUUAAAUAAACCUAAAUCAUAUAUACUUUUUUUUUUGUAUAGAGUCAUUAGAAUCUAUAUUAAAUUAUAAUGUAUGGUCUAUGGACGAUUUAGUUUUAAGUUAGUUAUUAGCAGUAUAUAAUUUAGAUAAAUCAUUUGAAAUGUAUUGAGUUAUGUGUUUUACUAAAUAUAUAUCGCUUAACUGUACCUAAGUGUCAUGAUUGCGUUAUAUUUGGUAAUACAAUACUAACAAUAGAGAAAUAUAAUAUAAUAGCCGCAAUCGCGUAUCUUUCGCGUCUCUUACCCGAUUACCGGAGAACGUCAAAUAAACUGCGAUUAUUAUUGUUAAUCCUUCAUUAGAUAAUGAUUUUAAAUAUGCAUUAGCAGUUAUUAUAUUAUAAUUCUCUGUUGUAGUCCUUCGUGAUUCCGUUCAAGUAGAUAGGCAUAUAUGUACCUAUAAAUAUUAUAGUUAUGAUAUUAUGUUAUUAUGUUAAGAUUUGUGAUUACUGCCCUUGGCAUUUAUAUAAUGUAUAAUAUUAUAAGUUAUAACACAUCUAUAUAAUGAUUCUUUUCGUAAUUGAUUCCUAAUGUUUAUUAUCAGAUCGCAUAAGUAUUUAUUUUAAUGUAUAACAUUGAUGUACCUAUAUGAUAAUAUCAAUAAGUACGAUUUCACGUUUGCGUGCUUGUGUGUGUAUGUAUAUGUAUUAUAUAUGUAUGUGUGUGUAUUAUCUAGUCGCAAAAUAGGCGACCAAACCAAAGGGUAACCUUUUAAGUUAUAUUAUAUGUUUAUUAUAAUAUGUUAUUUCAAAUUUUAGACCAUCUAUACCAAAAUUAUUGUUAUUCCAUCCUAUCCAGUUUUAACCCAUAUAUUAUUAUAAUAUGUUAAAAUACUGAUUCUGUAAAAAUUUUAUCAAGUAGUCCUUAUUAAUAUAAUUUUUGUAUCUAUUCCAAAAUAUUUCUUUGUAUGUGUGUAAUUUCAAUUUAAUAAAACUAUUAAUUUAA